GUUCUCGUUGACCUAAUGUCAUUGUUCUCGUCCUCUGAAGGUUCGGCCUUUGCAAAGGCCAAGCCAGAGAGUCCGUGGACGUCCCUGACCCGGAAGGGCCUGGUCCGAGUGGUCUGCUUCCCCUUCUUUUAUCGAUGGUGGAUCCAGGUCACCUCCAGAACCAUUUUCCUCUUACUGCUGGCUCUCUACCUGCUGCAAGCGGCAGCAGCAGUCCUGUAUGUGAUCAUCCCUCAGCCUCAUGGGAUACCAACCACCGAAGUGUUUGGAGCCAUCUGGCUCAUGUUGCUGCUCGGCACCGUCCACUGUCAGAUCGUCUCCACCAGGACGCCCAAACCUGCCUCCAGCAGCGGGGGGAAGAGACGCAGGAAGUUGAGGAAGGCCUCUCAGAUGGAGGUGCAUAGGGAAGGCGACGGGUCUAGCACUACCGAUAACACACAGGAGGGGGCGCCACACUCCCACUCAGCCAGCAGCACAUACAGCCUGGGCACUCUCUUCCAAGAUUUCUGGCAUGAUAUCUGUAAAGCUGGAUCUAAAAAGUCCAAGCUGUCCAUCGACAAGUCCACAGAGACGGACAACGGCUACGUGUCGCUGGACGGCCGGGUGACCAAUCGCAGCAGCGAGGAGGGGCUUCAGCUCCACGAGCAGCCAUGCGAUUCGCUGAACAGGACUGACGAGGCCUGCUGGACCUCUGUGGUCCCGCCUGUGCACACUCAGCCCCCCCUUAGCACGGGGCUGAUACUGGCCAGCAGCAGCAAGGAGCCAGCUUCAGACGAGGCGUCCAGUGAGGAGGACCCUGAGGCGUCCUACAGAGCUCUCCGAAGGGGGGUGGAAAGAAUGAACAGCGACUGUACGCUCAGAAACCGCAAGAAUACACACCACUACAAAAAACACUACGCUGUGGAGGACGUCCCCAAGUCUGGCACCAGCUGCAGUUCCAGAUGUUCCAGUCUGAGGACUCAGGACUCGGAGAGCACUCGACACGAGUCAGAGACAGAGGACCUGAUGUGGGAGGACUUCCUGCACUGUGCCGAGUGCAGGUCCUCCUGCACCUCAGAGACAGAGGGAGAAGGGGGAGGGACUCCCGUCUGCCCCCCGGCUAAAAAGGAAUACAGAGACGACCCUUUCCAUCAGGGUCACUCCCCCUGGCUGCACAGCUCUCACCCCGGUCUGGAGAGAGUGAGCGCCAUAGUGUGGGAGGGGAACGACUGUAAGAAGGCUGACAUGUCUGUCCUGGAGAUCAGCGGCAUGAUCAUGAACAAAGUGAAUCUCUUCACUCCUGGUAUUGGUUACCAGGUCUUUGGGAACCUGGUGUCAGUGACGCUUGGCCUCACACCUUUUGCAUACAGGCUGGCUCAGUACCGGGACCUGGAUCAGCUGACGUCUCUCUCAGCCAAUGAGCUGCUGUCUGUGGCUCUGGGGGGCGGAACUGGAUCAGAUGCCUUGGUGAUCACCAUGGUAACACUCAGCUUCCUGGUGCGCGUCUGCCUUAUAUGGCUCUUCUUCUUCCUGCUCAGCGUGGCAGAGAGGACUUACAAACAGAGGCUACUGUUUGCCAAGCUGUUUGGUCACCUGACUUCAGCCCGCAGGGCCAGGAAGUCUGAAGUCCCUCACUUUAGGCUGAAGAAAGUCCAGAACAUCAAGAUGUGGCUGUCGCUACGCUCCUACCUCAAGAGGCGGGGUCCUCAGCGCUCGGUGGAUGUGAUCGUGUCGUCGGCCUUCCUGCUCACUCUGUCUGUCGUCUUCAUCUGCUGCGCACAGCUGCUGCACGUCCACGAGACCUUCCUGGAGUGUCACUAUAACUGGGAGCUGGUGAUCUGGUGCUCCAGUCUGUCUCUGUUCCUGCUCAGGUUCGUCACGCUGGGCUCUGAGACCAGCAAGAAGUACAGCAACACCUCCAUCCUGCUCACUGAACAGAUCAACCUGUAUCUGAAAAUGGAGAAGAAGCCAAACAAGAAGGAGGAGCUGACCCUGGUGAACAACGUGUUGAAACUGGCCACCAAACUGCUCAAGGAGCUGGACGCUCCCUUCAGGCUGUACGGUCUGACCAUGAACCCUCUGCUCUACAACAUCACCCAGGUGGUCAUCCUGUCCGCCGUGUCAGGGGUCAUCUCCGACCUGCUGGGGUUCAACCUCAAGCUGUGGAAGAUUAAAUCGUGACAGUGAGCCGAAGGGGCGGGGCUUGGCUCGCUGACUGACUCUCUGAUUCGUCGACUGACUGAAAGACCGUGGUCUCCACAGACCGAUCCUCUCACCUCCAACGGUCCCACUUUGUGCAAUUGGAAAAGCUAUUUAUUUACCCACUCAGUGUUUUGACUUUUAUUUGAACUGUAGUUUGUUUCUGAUGCUAUAUUUGACCUGUCUACAACAAGUGUUAGUAUUAUUCAGCAUGAGUCAUGUUUCUAACGUGACGGGUUAGUUCUCAUUUGAAACCGUUUCAUUUCAGCUCCGUCUCAGAUGUGAAGGCGGAGAGCUGUGGAUGGAAUGUGAUGUUAUUAUUAUGUUUGUGUUUUAUUUGCUUUAACUGAGUUAUUAUUUAUAUGCUAAGUAAAUACUUCAAAACUAAAUUCAAACCGUUGCGACCCUACAGUCUGUUAAACAUCUUUGUCCAGUGGUUUCUUUAUAAAAGAAAGACAUUGAAUCAGAAUGACCCUCUGGUUAAAUGCAACCUAAUGGUUAUAUUUAAAAACAUUUAUUUAAGUAUAUCCUCAUAAAAGUACAGUUACAGUUAUUAUCUGAACUGUGGCUGCUUUGGUUCUGUUCCUGCCAUUUGAGAAAUGAACCUCUGUUCAUACCACUCCCAAAUGAAAGAAAAGUUACAUUUGACAUAUGUUAUACAGGUACAGUUAUUUGUUUGCUGACUUACCAGAGAUGCUUUUGUUUGGCAUUCCUCAGCACAGCAGAGAAACAAUCCAAAAUAAGACGUUUCACUUCCCGACCCAUAUGGGUGGGUUUGACAGCAUUUCUACACAUACAGGUGCUUUGUAGGUGGUCACAUGUCAUUAUCGGGUAUAAAUGACCUCUUUUAGGAGCGUGUGAUGACAUUGUGUUAGGCAGACGUCAGACUCUGCUCAGCAAACUGCUUCCUGGUGUAGUAAACGUACAGUAAGAUGACUCCCUUCUGUUUCUGGGGAGCUGCACACAGACUCUCUCUGUGGUUUCACUGGUCCCUCAGUGAGCGCAGCGUUUAAGAGCUACUGUAAGUCUCUAAAUGCUCUUUACGGAUACAAAGGAGAUAUUGCUGUCCCACAAUUCCUUGCAGCACAUUGAACAUGAGUCAUAUGUCUAUAACUUCCUCUGAGUAAUCAUACAUCCUAGAGUAAAUCUGUUUUAUUUUUCUUAGUCCUUAUACAUUCUCCUUUACAUCUUUCUUUGACCCUCAUUAUAUUUCCCAUCAAGAUCCAGAGAAGUGAAAAAGUUAUAAAAGAUUGUACUAUUUGAAUGCAGUAUAUCUCAUAUCAAUCCUUAUUUAUCGUCCACUCUUUCUCUUUUCUUUAAGUACAAAUUAUUUUCUACAUAGUACCAACGAGGGAAUGUAAGUUCUUUUUUUUCUUUUUUUAUCUAAAAAAAAUACUGUUUGUCAACAGUUGACGCAAAUUAAAAGAGGUUUAUAUGUGCGAAAAAGAUAUGUAUAUUCCGAACAGCAUUAAGAGUUGAGCUCCUGAACAUCCGUUGUCUCAGUGUCACUCUUUGAUGACAUCAGACUCCCAUCAGGUGACCCGUUUCAGAAAUGAUAUCGCUGAUAGACGGUAGAUGAAUUUGCAUGUCUGAUCUUUAGUGAAUCCUCUGUCUGUCACAUGUUUAUAAACACUGCAGUCAGGAUGUGAUCAAGAUAUGCACUUUAAUAACAGAUUUAAAAUGGAAGAAUAGAAGUUACAUCUUGUUUCAAUGUCAGGAGAUUUCUAUUUGUACCUCACCUGCUGCCAGAGUACCUGCUCAGAAAACUCUGGAAUAAACUCCACAAGGUACAUGAAGAGAUGAAACCACAGAAACAUCUGGACUGUGACUCCAUUUGCGUCGUGUUAGCUCUCAGACUGAAACUAACUUUAUUCAUAAAAUAAAGUAAUGGUCUUCAGUGUGUGUGUGAGGGGGGCGACCAAAGUGCUUACUUUAAUGUUUGUUUUUGUCUGCUGGAAAAAAAGAAUGUAUUUGUAGCAUUAUGCUUUAAAAUAUAUUUGUUUCCCUUUGGAAAUACUUUAAAUGUAUUAUUCUGUGCUUUUUGUUCGUUCAUUUGUAAAGGUUGUUUCUCACAUUUGUUAGAGCGCGUUUUACUGUUUUUAAGGAACAAAUACGUUUAAAAUGUACGUAUGAAAAUGAAUCUAGGUAAAGGACUCCGUUUUCAUUUUGUUUUUAAAGAGUCUGAAUAUUUUUUGUGAUCUGGUCUGUCCACAAGGUCUUUUUUUAAUAAAAAAUUAAAUAAAUGGA